AUGUACCACCACAGCACUCCACGGCCGUACACACAUCUCCUGCCUCCAUGUACACCAAACCAGUCACUCUCCUGCCUCCAUGUACACCAAACCAGUCACUCUCCUGCCUCCAUGUACACCAAACCAGUCACUCUCCUGCCGCCAUGUACACCAAACCAGUCACUCUCCAGUCUCCAUGUACACCAAACCAGUCACUCUCCUGCCUCCAUGUACACCAAACCAGUCACUCUUCUGCCGCCAUGUACACCAAACCAGUCACUCUCCAGUCUCCAUGUACACCAAACCAGUCACUCUCCUGCCUCCAUGUACACCAAACCAAUCACUCUCCUGCCGCCAUGUACACCAAACCAGUCACUCUCCAGCCUCCAUGUACACCAAACCAGUCACUCUCCUGCCUCCAUGUACACCAAACCAGUCACUCUCCUGCCUCCAUGUACACCAAACCAGUCACUCUCUUGCCUCCAUGUACAUCAAACAAGUCACUCUCCAGCCUCCAUGUACACCAAACCAGUCACUCUCCUGCCUCCAUGUACACCAAACCAAUCACUCUCCAGCCUCCAUGUACACCAAACCAGUCACUCUCCAGCCUCCAUGUACUCCAAACCAGUUACUCUCCUGCUUCCAUGUACACCAAACCAGUCACUCUCCUGUCGCCAUGUACACCAAACCAGUCACUCUCCAGCCUCCAUGUACACCAAACCAGCCACUCUCCUGCCUCCAUGUACACCAAACCAGCCACUCUCCUGUCUCCUUGUACACCAAACCAGUCACUCUCCUGCCUCCAUGUACACCAAACCAGUCACUCUCCUGCCUCCAUGUACACCAAACCAGUCACUCUCCUGUCUCCUUGUACACCAAACCAGUCACUCUCCUGCCUCCAUGUACACCAAACCAGUCACUCUCCUGUCUCCUUAUACACCAAACCAGUCACUCCCUGCCUCCUUGUACAACCAAAACCAGCCCACUCUUCGCUGCUCAUGUACAGCAAACCAGUCACUCUCCUGCCUCCAUGUACACAAACCAGUCACUCUCCUGUCUCCUUGUACACCAAACCAGCCACUCUCCCUGCCAUCCAUGUACCCAAACCAGUCACUCAUCACCUAUCUCCUGCCCUCCAUUGGGUACAGUACACCAAACCAGUCAUCUCCUGCCUCCAUGUACAUCAAACCAGUCACUUCCCUGGCUCCUUGUUCAUCUCCUGCCCUCAUGCACAAACCAGUCACUCUCCUGCCUCCAUGGUACACCAAACCAAGUCACUCUUGUACCAGCUCCAUGUCCUACACCAAAAAACAGUCCACCUGCCUCCAAAGACCUCCCCAUGUACCACAAACCAGUCACUCUCCUCCUCCAUGUACAGCAAACCAGUCACUCUCCUGCCUCCAUGUACACCAAACCAGUCACUCUCCUGUCUCCUUGUACACCAAACCAGCCACUCUCCUGCCUCCAUGUACACCAAACCAGUCACUCUCCUGCCUCCAUGUACACCAAACCAGUCACUCUCCUGUCUCCUUGUACACCAAACCAGUCACUCUCCUGCCUCCAUGUACACCAAACCAGUCACUCUCCUGUCUCCUUGUACACCAAAACAGCCACUCUCCUGCCUCCCCAUCUACAUCAACCAGUCACUCUCCUGCCGCCAUGUACCCAACCAAACCACCCCUCUCCUGCCACCAGUACACCCAAAAACAAGCCACUUCCCUGCCUCCAUGUACCACCAAACCAGUCACUCUCCUGCCGCCCAUACACACAAACCAGUCACCCUCUCCUGCCACCAUGUACACCAAACAAUCACCUCCAGCCUCCAUGUACACCAAACCAGUCACCUCCUCCUGCCCACCAUGUACACCAAACCAAUCACUCUCCAGCCUCCAUGUACACCAAACCAGUCACUCUCCAGCCUCCAUGUACACCAAACCAGUCACUCUCCUGUCUCCUUGUACACCAAACCAGCCACUCUCCAGCCUCCAUGUACACCAAACCAGUCACUCUCCUGUCUCCUUGUACACCAAACCAGUCACUCUCCAGCCUCCAUCACCUCCACCUCCCUGGAUCUCCCCCUCCCCCUUUCCCCCCAUGCACAACCACCUCCCAGGGUCUCCCCCUUCCUCCUCUCCUCCCCCUUCCCUCUCCUCCUCCUACUUCUCAUUCAAAUCGCCUCGCUCCGAUAUCCAUGGAGUCUUCAAGAUGAAUAAUCUUUCUUUGAGAUUUUUUGGGGAAAGAUGCUAUACUUGA